CGCCUGCGCGGAGCCGGCAGUCCGGCAGGGCCGCAGCCGCGGGGUGGCCGGCGGUUGCCGUAGGCACCGCGGCCCCUCCCUCCUCCGGUCCCCUGCCCCACGCCGCUCCCACCGAGACGCGGAGGACGACCCCGACCCUCCCCUCCCGCCGGCCCGGCCCGAACUGCAGCCGGUGACCGGGCGAGAGGCGGUGCCGCUCCCAAGAUGUCGCAGACGGCCAUGUCCGAAACCUAUGAUUUUUUGUUUAAGUUCUUGGUUAUUGGAAAUGCAGGAACUGGCAAGUCUUGCUUGCUUCAUCAGUUUAUAGAAAAAAAAUUCAAAGAUGACUCAAAUCAUACAAUAGGAGUGGAAUUUGGUUCAAAGAUAAUAAAUGUUGGUGGUAAAUAUGUAAAGUUACAGAUAUGGGAUACAGCAGGCCAAGAACGAUUCAGGUCUGUGACGAGAAGUUAUUACAGAGGUGCCGCGGGAGCGCUCCUCGUCUAUGACAUCACCAGCCGAGAAACCUACAAUGCGCUUACUAAUUGGUUAACAGAUGCCAGAAUGCUAGCGAGUCAGAACAUUGUGAUCAUCCUCUGUGGGAACAAGAAGGACCUAGAUGCGGAUCGUGAAGUUACUUUCUUAGAAGCUUCCAGAUUUGCGCAAGAAAAUGAGCUGAUGUUUUUGGAAACAAGUGCACUAACGGGGGAGAAUGUGGAAGAGGCCUUUGUACAGUGUGCGAGAAAAAUACUUAACAAAAUUGAAUCAGGUGAGCUGGACCCAGAAAGAAUGGGCUCUGGUAUUCAGUAUGGGGAUGCUGCCUUGAGACAGCUGCGGUCACCACGUCGCGCACAGGCCCCAAGUGCUCAGGAAUGUGGCUGUUAGGAGCAGCGCCGGAGUGUACAGGUGUUCAUACAGCGGUAUUUGGGACACAAUUGUCGGACCUUGAAGAAGUUUUUUACCACCAUCUUUUUCUACUUUAUACAGAAGUAGAUAUUUGUGCGAAGAAAAAUAAUUCGGCGUGUUAUGUAAGCUCAUAGAUGUGGCACAGCAAAUCAUAUAAUAAUAAAUCUCAAUAAACGGACAGUACCAUUAGGUGUAUACAUGUAUGUAAGAAUUUUCUGUUUCAUAUUUCCCUUUCACUCUUGGUUCCAAUCCUGUGUGUUGUAGACAUCCUCUCGUGCGGUCUGUCUCCACAGCAUGGUAUCUGAUGUAGGAUAUGGUAGAAUGUUGCUCUAAAUGCAGUCUAAAAUUUUGUGUUUUUUGAUCAUACGAACUGAAAUCUGUCACUGGUGAGGUGUACUUUGAUCAUCAUGUCGGGUACCUUGCACAGUGCGUAUUAUUUAGGACCUGAUAGUCAAAGACUCUGGCAUUGAGGGCCAGUGCGGCGCUCACUUCAUGCCGUUUACCACAGUCCACAAAGUGUUUACGUAAUCCACCCUUGAAAUACGAGAUCAGUAGUUACUCACAUACGGAAAUGAAAAAUGGAGUUUUUCCAUGAACUUCACACUGUCCAGCACUCUGGUGAUUUUAAAGUAUCUUCAUCCAGAUCAAUUCAGGAAGCGUAGCCUGAGUACCUGCCGUGUUUUGGCCACUGUGAUCGGCACUAAGGAUUCUGUUGUCUUCACCCAGACUUACUAGGAAAUCGGUUCUGCUUUCAGCUCUUCGUAAAUGUGAUGGACGGUGUAAUUUGAGGCUGCUCACCUGUUUCUGGUUGCUCUAUCUGGUCUCCCUGCUGGAAAAUGUUGUUUGUUACUGUGCUUUUCCCGGGAUUCAGUGUAUGAUGUCACAGCCUCUUUUUUAAGUCUUUUAUUGUUUUGUGUUCAUUUUAAGGAAACCCACUAAACCAAGUUCAUAUUAAAGGAAUACCACUCAUUAAGAAAUUUCUGUAUCGCUUUCGCUGAAUACUUAAAUGCCUUACCACAGUUA